AUGGAGAGACACUACUUUUGUGCCUUUCUGAUGGCUGCUAGAGCGAGAAGAGCACCAGUCAUCUCUUCUUUCGAUCGCAAUGUCGCAGCAGGUAUUUCUGUUGAGCAUAUGUCCCCAAGCCCACGUCGUUUUUGGUUACCCUUUAGUUAUAUGAGUAGAAAUUUUAGUGCUUUUCCUGCCCCUCUUCAGUCUCAAAGGAGUAUUGAGUCUAGCAAUCGGAGGUUGUUUAAAUCUGGGUUACUUGAUAAUAUUGACAGGCUUGAUGAUGCUUUGGAUUUAUACAAGCAUAUGGUCGGAAUGAGGCCUCUGCCAUCUGUUAUUCAAUUCACCCAAUUGCUUGGUAGAGUAGUUAAGAUGAAGCAAUACUCUGCUGCAAUUUCCCUUUACAAGGAUAUGUGUUUCUUGGGCUUUCCUAUUGAUGGUUAUCCCUUGAAUAUAGUGAUUAACUGUUACUGUCUGAUGGGUUGGGUGGAUUGUGCUUUUUAUGCUUUGGGAUCCUUAUUCAAGCGCGGUUAUGCACCCAAUGUGACCACCUUCACCACUUUACUUAAAGGGCUCUUUGCGCAACAAAGGGUUGCCGAGGCACAAGAAUUAUUCAAGAAGAUAAUAUAUGAAAGACUAUGCCAACCCAAUGAGGUUAUGUUUGGGACUGUAAUAGAUGGGCUGUGCAAGGUUGGGAACAUUCACGUUGCCCUUGAAUUUCUUAGGAUAAUGGAAAGAGGAAAGUGUAAGCCCAAUACUAUCGUGUAUAGCACUAUCAUUGACAGCUUGUGCAAGGAUAAGAUGGUUGAUGAUGCUCUUGCCCUUUUUGCUGAGAUGAUUGAUAAGGGCAUUUCCCCAAAUGUCAUCACUUAUACUUGUUUGAUUCAAGGCCUAUGUAACAAUGGCAGAUGGAAGGAGGCUAAAAAGCUUUGGGAUGGAAUGGCUGAUUUUGAUAUUUCUCCAAAUAUUUGUAUGUACAACAUGUUGGUUGAUAUGCUUAGUAAGGAGGGACAGAUUAAACGUGCGGAGGGCAUUAUUAGUGUCAUGAUUAAGCGUGGUGAAAAUCCUACUACCAUCACCUUCACAACACUGCUAGAUGGAUAUUGUUUACAGGGCCAAAUGGGUGAGGCAAGAAAAGUUUUUGAUCAAAUGAAUGCCGGAGGACCGGGUAUUGAUAUUCACAGCUAUAGUAUUUUAAUCUAUGGAUAUUUCAAGAAAAAGAAAGUGGACAAAGCUAUGCAGCUCUUCAGAGAAAUUCCAUCUAAAGGUUUGAAAGCUGAUAUUGCUACUUAUAACAUAGUGCUGCAAGGUCUAUAUGGGGCAAGAAGGUGUGCCACUGCAAAACUUGUUUUCGAUGAUAUGCAAGCUGCUGCACUAAAACCUGGUUUUCACACUUAUUGUGUCAUGUUAGAAGGUUUGUGCAAAAAUGGCCAUAUUGAUGAAGCGUUUCUGUUAUUACAAAAGAUGGAAAGUGAUGGUGUAGAACUUCAUAUUGCUAUGUUCACCAUCAUCAUUAAUGGAUAUUGCAAAAGUGGGAAACUAGACAUUGCACUAAGUGUUUUCUGCAGUCUUCAUAGUAAAAAAUUGCAUCCUAGUGUUGUGACUUACACAACACUGAUUAAAGGACUUUGUGAAUCAGGAAAGCUAAAGGAAGCUGAAGGGUUUCUUGUGAAAAUGAAAGCUGAUGGUUACUUGCUAGAUAGCCGUGCAUACAAUACUAUUGUUCAUGGAUUUCUUAAAGGUGGUGGAUAUGCUGAGGCAAAAAUGCAUCUUGAGGAAAUGUUUGGGAAAGGUUUUUCUCCAGAUGCCUCCACUGUUUCAUUCUAA